UCGCUCUCUCUCGCCGUCUCUCGACCCAUUCCCAGCGUGCAUAUCGGGAAAUGGACACACAAAGACAUGCGCACUCAACUUAAUCAGCCAUUUUUUUAAAAACAGGGCUAAAACGAUAAUAAUUAGCAGAAUAAAGACAUAUCGGAUUUUCAUUUCCUUUCAACCACGGCGUUUGGUGAGCCUCCGUCCACAGGAGAAAGCGCGUAUGCAGCCCCGUCGACACGUCGUCUCACCGCCACCGGAACCAAAAUAAGGGACUCUAAGACCGCUUGACGUUUGUGAUUUUUCCCCCCUCUCCCUUUUCCCCAUCAUAAAGUGGGAGGAUUAUUUCAAUUUCACCUGUUUUUCGUAAUUGUCUUCGUGAGCUGGAUGUGACGGUUUUGCACGAGCAAGAGCGAAGAGGAGCGGAGGUGGAGGCUUUGGAGGGGGAAGAAAGUCCCUGCUAGGCUGGAUGAGAUGAGAUCCCUAUGUAGUGGACGCCAUGGCAACUUGUGACUCUCCCCCUAUGGUCUCGUCACGGCAGCAGGAACAUGGUGGCCAGAGGCUCAGUGCUGCUGAGGACAACUCCGUUGUGGCCAUGGAGACUGGUGUCGCCAUCAGCAACAAUGCCAAUAACAACCAAACGUCACCUGUAGCCAGAGAGAUGGAGAAUGGCCUUGGAGAGCCUACUGUCAGUCCACUGAGGUCCACAUCCAGCCUCACCUCUGUCAGUGCAACCAUUGACUCUAUUGCAGAACAGAGUCGGAGAGAAAGCUUUACAACCGGUAACAAAGGGAUUGUUACUGGGACUUUACCAGGAGGAGGAGGAGCAGCUUUGGGUUCAGACUGUUCUGCCCCUGCCACAUCUCCCGUGGCACCGGCAAAGGAGAUCCCUUGCAACGAAUGUUCCGGCUCCUUCUCCAGUUUACAAAAAUAUAUGGAGCACCACUGCCCCAACGGCCGACUGCCUACCACCGGAGGUCACGAAGAUGUUGACGAGAUCGAAGGCAUGGUAGGGGAGGAGAGUGAAGACGAUGGAGAGCGUGUGGGGUGUGCGGUCGAUGGAGGGGAAAUAAACAGCGAGAUGGAAGAGGAGAGCGAUGUGGAGAACCUGUGCGGUGAGAUCAUCUACCAGCCGGAUGGCUCUGCCUUCAUCGUGGAGGACUCCAAAGAGCAGCGUGGCAACCAGGAAGAGCUCCCCGGGGCUCUCCACUUCAGGGGCCUGCUAUCCUCCCAGACUUUCCCUAACGCCCAGACUGCCACUGGCCAAAGUGGUCUGGGUCAAGGGGUGGAGCGGUUGGAGCAGCCUGCUGCACCCAUGUCCUUCUUUCCCCAGAUCAUUAACUCCUUCCACAUCGCAUCAUCCUUGGGAAGUAAAUCGUUGGUGGCCGACCCCCCCUCCAUAUCAAAUACCUCAACUGGAGGGCGGGCUGGCGCUAGUCCUGUGUUGCACAGUUUUCGUGUUUAUGACCUCCGCCACAAGAAUGACAAAGACUAUUUGACGGGGGACGGUGCAGCCAAAAACUCCUGUGUGUCCAAAGAUGUCCCCAACAAUGUGGACUUAUCCAAAUUUGAGGGCUGUGUGGCCGACGGGCGGCGAAAGCCAGUGCUCAUGUGUUUCCUGUGCAGGCUCUCAUUUGGCUAUAGCCGGUCAUUUGUGACACAUGCUGUCCAUGACCACCGUAUGACCCUGAAUGAGCAGGAGCAGAAGCUGCUGAGCAACAAGCGUGUUUCUGCUAUCAUACAGGGCAUCGGCAAGGACAAAGAACCUCUUAUAAGCUUUCUGGAACCAAAAAAAACCCCUGUAUCUGUGCUAUCCCACUUUCCCACACCUGCCAACUUCCUCGGGCCAGACACCGGGCUCCGUGGCUUGUGGAACGCUUUUCACAGUAGUGGGGAGAAUGCCGAGUCCCUCCAGGCAGGCUUUGCCUUCCUGAAGGGCAGUGCCAGCAGCUCCUCCAAUGACCAAAAUCCCAGAUCCCAAAGCAUGCCAAAGGCUGAAACCAACCCAAACCUCGGGGGUGGGGCUGGUGCCCAUAGAACCUCCAGUGGAAGUUCUGCUGCUGCUGCUGCUGCCACUGGGGGCAACCUGGAUGGCCGGAACUCUGAUCUUGACAGUAAGGGUCACAUUAGGGACACAUGCACUUUGCAACCCAAUGGGCCGGACCUGAGCCACUACCCGCCCAUCAAGCGGGAGCCCGGUGCAGUGGGAGAACAAAGUCCAGAGCAGGAUGAGGACAGUUACUCCAAUGGUGGCGGAGAAGAAAUUGAGGCAGAGGAUGAAGAGGAGCAGGCAAUGAGUGUAGUUAUCAAAGACCAGAGGGCCAACAGCACCAGUAGCAAAGAUUUCCCUCUCUUAAACCAAAGUAUUUCCCCUCUUUCCAACAGUGUGCUAAUGUUUAACAGCGACAGCAAAGGUCCCGCAACCACCUCCUCUUCCUCCCUGCCGAUGUGCGAGAAGCUGGAGAUGGAAAAGACUCGUCUGUCCGUUGCCCUGGCUGCUGCCAGAGAGCGGGAGAGCAGCAAUGACUCAACCAAUGAAGUUCUCAUGGGGCGGGAUGGCUCAUCACCGUCAUCCCAUCCCCUUGACAUGAUAUUGAUGCGGAGGGAUGACGAGAGUCCUGGACCUCCUCAUCCACACCCUGGAAAUCCCAGUACCCCUGGCACCCCAGGUACACCUGGUACCCCAGGUCCAGGUGAAGGGUCACCGGGAAGUGGUGUCGAGUGCCCAAAGUGCGACACGGUCUUGGGAUCCUCGCGUUCUCUUGGGGGCCACAUGACUAUGAUGCAUUCACGGAACUCCUGCAAGACGCUCAAGUGUCCCAAGUGUAACUGGCACUACAAGUAUCAGCAGACACUAGACGCUCAUAUGAAGGAAAAACAUCCAGAAUCCGGAGGAUCGUGCGUUUACUGCCGUACGGGACAGCCUCACCCUCGUUUAGCCAGAGGGGAAAGCUAUACCUGUGGAUACAAGCCUUUCCGCUGUGAGGUAUGCAACUACUCAACAACCACCAAAGGCAACCUUAGCAUCCAUAUGCAGUCGGACAAGCAUCUGAACAAUGUCCAAACACUCCAGAAUGGGGGAAGUGAGGCACAAUACAACCACAACCAUGCCAACCCUGUAGUUAGUACGGGUCUCGGUGUCGGCUGUGGAGCGCCAUCGCCAUCCAAGCCCAAACAGAAGCCGACUUGGCGAUGUGAGGUUUGCGACUAUGAGACAAAUGUGGCCCGAAACCUGCGAAUUCAUAUGACGAGUGAGAAACACAUGCACAACAUGAUGCUGCUGCAGCAGAACAUGAAGCAGAUCCAGCACAGUCUUCAUUUAGGGCUGGCACCAGCUGAGGCUGAGCUUUACCAGUAUUAUCUGGCUCAAAACAUCGGCAUGGCUGGUGUCAAACUGGAGAACCCCGGUGGCGGCGGAGGCCCAGACACCCAGAUGAUGAUCAACCCCUUCCAGCUCGAUGCUGCAACGGCAAAUGCUCUUGGAUCUGGUCUUGUGAACAGUGACCUUUCAUCGGAAUUGCGUCUCGCCAGCGGUCAGCUGAUGGCUGACGACCUCUCGCUGGUGUCCUCAGGUGGAAUGGGGAGCAUGUCCUCAGUGGACCCUUCCCUCUCCUCCCUGUCACCGCCUAUUAGUGACCCCUCGCUGCGCCUGUACCAGUGCGCCGUGUGCAACUGCUACUCCACCGACAGCCUGGAGGCUCUUAAUGCCCACGUCAACACGGAACGUUCGCUGCCGGAGGAGGAGUGGCGCUGCGUGGUCGGCGACGUCUACCAGUGCAAGCUGUGUAGCUACAACACGCAGCUCAAGGCCAACUUUCAGCUGCACUGCAAGACGGACAAGCACAUGCAGAAGCACCAGCUGGUGGCCCACAUCAAGGAGGGAGGCAAGGCCAACCAGUGGAGAUUAAAGUGUGUGGCCAUCGGCAACCCUGUGCACCUCAAGUGCAACGCUUGUGACUACUACAGCAAUAGCGUGGAUAAACUGAGGCUACACACCACCAAUCAGAGGCAUGAGGCCGCCAUCCGACUUUACAAGCACUUGCACAAGCUGGACGGCGCCUACAGCCCCGAGUCGUGCGCUUAUUACUGCACGCUGUGCGACUACUCCACCAAGGCUCGCCUCAACCUGGUCCAGCACGCCCGCUCGGCCCGGCACCAGCAAAACGAAGGCCUGAAAAAGCUGCAGCUGCACCAGCAAGGCCUGAGAACGGACGACGACGGAUUUAGCCUCCACGAGCUGUUCCACGUCAAAGAGUGUCCCUCCGGUCAAGAGGAGAACGCAGAGGAUGGUGAGAGACCUCCUGGCUCUUCUUCCAGGCCCGCAUCCAACCUCACUGACCGAGACUUGACUGACAGCAGAAGAACUGAGCGAGUGAAUGCCACAUCCAAAGAAUCAAGUGGACAGAACACUGCGGUGAAACAUUCACUCCAGCCCGAUCAACAAAUUGAAAGUCCACCCAAAAGACCCAAAUCUGUUGAAGCGAGGAGCUCUACCGCUGAACAGGUUCAGCAGUGUCCCUAUUGCAACUUCAGCAGUAAAGAUGCCAACCGUAUGCAGCUUCACGUUAUGUCCCAGCAUUCCAUGCAGCCGGUGAUCCGCUGCCCACUAUGUCAGGAUGUCCUCAGCAACAAGAUUCACCUGCAGCUGCAUCUCACCCACCUUCACAGUGUGGCACCUGACUGUGUUGAAAAGCUCAUUAUGACGGUUGUUGGACCUGAUACAACAGGCUCAAAUAGUUCUAUUCAUCCACAAAUUGGACAAGACAAGGGAUUGACUUCCAUCGAUUCAUCAGCGUCUCUCGAUCAAUGUGGAAAAUCACAAGGAAACUCUUCAAAAGAUGAAUCGGCAAGUCAAGAUAAGAAUGAAUCAGACCUCCAAGGUGAGGAAAUGAAGCCCCCAAAGGAGGCCUCAGAGGCUCCAGACUGGAGAAGAACAAGCGGGUUAGGGCAUGACAGCAAGUCCCCUGAUACGCUUCAGGAUCAUCUCAGUGAACUCCAGAGGCUCCAACAGCAGCAGCAGCAACUGUCAGUGUCCGAUCGCCAUGUCUACAAGUAUCGUUGCAAUCACUGCAGUCUGGCAUUCAAGACAAUGCAGAAGCUCCAGAUACAUUCCCAGUACCAUGCCAUCAGAGCAGCCACUAUGUGCAGCCUUUGCCAGCGUAGUUUCAGGACAUUCCUGGCCCUCAGGAAGCAUUUAGAGAAUGGACAUCCUGAACUAACGGAGGUUGAAGUGCAACAGCUGAUUGGAAAUCUCCCUCUGAAUGGCGAUAUCACUGAGAGUGAAGCCAGGGCUUUGGAGGAAGCUCAAGCGUUUGAGCAUGACUUGGACAAGGAUGAUGAAAUGGAUCAGGAAGAAAAGCCCAGUCCUACCGGAAGUGACAGCAGCUCUCUGAUAGAUGACAUGGGAGCAGAACCAAAACGGACCUUACCAUUUAGGAAGGGGCCAAACUUUACGAUGGAGAAAUUUUUAGAUCCUUCAAGACCUUACAAGUGCACAGUAUGUAAGGAGUCUUUCACUCAGAAGAAUAUUUUAUUAGUCCACUAUAAUUCCGUUUCCCAUCUGCACAAGUUGAAAAAAGUCCUUCAAGAGGCAUCGAGCCCAGUUCCCCAAGAAACAAGCAGCAACAUUGACAACAAACCAUUCAAAUGCAAUAUUUGCAAUGUUGCAUAUAGCCAAAGUUCAACACUAGAGAUUCACAUGAGGUCCGUACUCCAUCAGACUAAAGCUCGGACGGCCAAAUCUGAAAUGAGCAGUAAUAGCAGUGGGACUAGUGGUCCAGUGCCGGCAAAAAGUCCUGCUCCAAGCACACAAGGAAACAACAGCAACACAGACUCGGCUCCAAGUGGAGCAACGUCCGCUCAUAAAGAAAAUACCGUGGAACCCAAAGACGCUAAUACCAACAGCAACACGAAACAAGCUAGCGACCAUGCGUCAGCGCAGUCAAGCAGCCACCAGUCGGCCCAAUCCUCAGCGCAACUGCAAAUGCAACUUCAACAUGAACUGCAGCAGCAGGCUGCUUUCUUCCAGCCUCAAUUUCUCAACCCAGCUUUCUUUCCUCAUUUCCCAAUGACCCCAGAAGCAUUGCUGCAAUUUCAACAACCGCAAUUCUUAUUCCCCUUCUACAUCCCAGGAGCAGAGUUCAAUCUAAGUCCGGAACUUGCUCUGCAUUCAGCAGCAGCUUUUGGAAUGCCAGGUCUUACGGGAUCCUUCCUAGAAGAUUUGAAGCAGCAGAUGCAACAGCAGCAUCAACUGCAACAGGCUCAACAACAACAACAACAACAGCAGCAGCAGCAGCAGCAGCAGCAGCAAGUCUCUCAGACACAGUCACAGAUUCAGCAGCAGAAGAACCAACAAAUCCUAAACCAAAAACCGAAAAUGGAGCCCACCAAUGCAUCCAUUUCAGAUAUCCAAAUGUCAAAAGAGGCAGAAGACCACCUUGAAAAACAAGACAGAGCAAAGUUGGAAAAUGGAUGUGACGCUUUAAUGGAUGGGGCAAAAGAUAUUAAAAAGUCCAAAUUCUCUGAACCAUUGAUUCCUCCUCCUCGGAUUGUGUCAGGAGCGAGGGGUAAUGCAGCCAAAGCACUGUUGGAGAAUUUUGGAUUCGAACUGGUCAUCCAAUACAACGAAAAUAGACAGAGGAACCAAAAGAAAAAUAAAGAUGGAAAUGAACAAAUGGAUAUGAACACUGAUAAGCUUGAGUGUGGAAUGUGCGGAAAGCUCUUCUCCAAUAUGCUUAUUCUCAAAAGCCACCAAGAGCAUGUGCACAGUCAGUUUUUCCCAUAUGUAGAACUUGAAAAGUUUGCUCAGCAGUACAGAGAGGCCUAUGACAAACUCUACCCAAUUAACCCUGCUUCACCCGAAACGCCACCGCCUCCACCGCCACCUCCACCACCUCCACCCCCGCCUCCUCCUGUGAGUGCCCCGGUGACAACACCUCCAUCGACUUCAACGUCAAUGAGCAAGCCGCAAACGCCGACACCAUCACCAGUUUCUGUCUCCCAUCAGACCUCCCACCAAAGUACUCACCAGACAUCACCACUGCAGCCACCACACCCUCCCCCAACACCCACUGCUCCUCCUGCACCUCCCCAAGUGCAACUUCCUGUUCCUUUGGAUCUGCCCCUUUUCCCACCCCUCAUGAUGCAAUCCGUUCAGCACCCAGGAUUGCCCCAUCAAUUGGCCCUCCAGCUGCCCACUAUGGAUUCUCUCUCCACCGACCUUACGCAACUCUGCCAGCAACAAUUGGGGCUCGAUCCGAACUUUCUCCGCCAGUCCCAGUUUAAGCGACCGCGAACUCGAAUAACUGAUGACCAGUUAAAAAUCCUCCGUGCCAACUUUGACAUCAACAAUUCCCCCAAUGAAGAGCAAAUCCAGGAGAUGUCAGAGAAGUCUGGUUUGCCUCAAAAGGUCAUAAAGCACUGGUUCCGUAACACGCUCUUCAAAGAGAGGCAGCGAAGCAAAGACUCCCCCUACAAUUUUAAUAUUCCUCCCAUUACUACUUUGGAUGACAUCCGGAUCGAGACUCAGCUAAACAGUCACGAAUACUACAGGACUGAGUCAACUAUCAACAAGAGGUCUUCCAGAACCAGAUUCACAGAUUACCAAUUGAGGGUUCUUCAAGAUUUCUUUGAUACCAAUGCCUAUCCUAAGGAUGAUGAAAUUGAGCAACUUUCCACCGUCCUUAAUCUACCAACACGAGUCAUUGUUGUGUGGUUCCAGAAUGCACGUCAGAAAGCCCGUAAGACCUAUGAGAACCAGGCCGAUUCUAAAGAUAGUGAGAAAAAAGAGCUGACGAAUGAACGUUACAUAAGAACUAGCAACAUGCAGUACCAGUGUAAGAAGUGCAACAUUGUUUUCCCACGCAUCUUUGACCUGAUCACUCACCAGAAGAAGCUGUGCUACAAGGACGAAGAUGAGGAAGGCAAUGAGGAAAACCAAUGUGAAGAAUACACAGAUGAUCAAUUUCCAAUAAGAAUGAGCCAGCAAUCUUUAGAGCCACCCAGACAUUCCCAGGGAACUGCUACCAGCUCUGGCUCAAGCUCCCCUGUGAUGGCCUCUCCUCGUGCUAGCAUUGGAAAAGCCUCUCCUAAACCAGAUUUUGAACCUCGUUCUGAAAGUGACCCAAUUAAAACCGAGACCGCACCCUCACCGGUUGUCAAAUCACUACCAGAACCAAGGCCGUCUAAAGCUUGCACACCUCAACCACCCCCUCAGAAGGUUGCCCAGCCCCCAAUGUCGAGACCGCAUUCCCAACCACAGGCAGCCACAGUGCCCUCUAGUCCUCUCUCCCUGGCCCUUUCCUCCCUCACAAACAGCCUCCCACACCAGAUGCUUCAAUACCAGUGUGACCAGUGUAAGAUUGCAUUCCCUACAGUGGAGCUCUGGCAGGAACAUCAACACAUGCAUUUCUUGGCAGCCCAGAACCAAUUUCUGCACUCGCAGUUCCUCGAAAGACCUAUCGACAUGCCUUAUAUGAUAUUUGACCCAAACAACCCGCUAAUGGCUAGCCAGCUAUUAUCUGGAGGCCUCUCCCAAAUCUCUUCACAAGGUGGUUCUGGUUUGACCUCUGCCGCAGGGUCAGCAUCAAUGAAGAGAAAAUUGGAUGAUAAGGACGAAUGCGUCAAUGAUAAAGACGGCGGAAACAGUAGUGAAGAACACCACCGAGAUAAGCGCCUGAGAACUACUAUCACACCUGAACAACUUGAGGUCCUUUAUGACAAAUACCUGAUUGAUUCCAAUCCAACGAGAAAAAUGUUGGAUCACAUUGCGAGAGAGGUGGGCUUGAAAAAGAGAGUGGUCCAAGUUUGGUUCCAAAACACUCGCGCUCGAGAGAGAAAGGGUCAGUUUCGAGCAAUUGGACCCUCCCAGUCCCACAAAAAAUGCCCUUUUUGCAGGGCACUGUUCAAAGCCAAGUCAGCUCUAGAUAGUCACAUACGAUCUCGACACUGGCAUGAGGCAAAGCAGGCAGGCUUUAGUUUGCCACCAAGUCCAAUGAUGAAUCAAGACAAUGACAGAGGUGAUAGCCCAAAGUAUAAUUUCUUUGACUUCUCACAGCUGCCUACCAAGACUGAGCCAAAUGACUACGAGUUGCCUACUGCGUCAUCAACCCCAGUCAAACCAUCUGAAGCUCAAUUAAAAAACUUCUUAAGCCCUUCAUCAUUAAAAGCUGAAAACUGUGAUGAAACCGAUGGGCCUAAUGUUAACUCAGCAGAUCUGUCAUCGUACGAUCUUAGCAAGAUGGACUUCGAUGAGACGUCAUCAAUUAAUACUGCCAUUAGUGAUGCUACAACUGGAGACGAGGGCAACAACAACGAGGUUGAAAGCUUCACAGCUAACGGAGGGGACAAGUUGACUGACAACAAGGGUGGCAUGGUGUCAGGUUCUGAUGGUGGCAGUGAUCGAUUCCAAUUCAGUAUGGUGAGCCCUGCCCUCAGUUUCUCCGGAAAAGACUGUGACUCCUACUAUAGCUCCCGAGAUGAUGACCUGGACGAUAUCAACGACAGAAGUGAAUCGUCAAGCCUUACAGAUCCCAGUUCUCCGAGUCCAUUUGGGACAGGUAACCCCUUCAAGUCUGGUAAAGGCACCAAUGCUGGAGAUAGGCCAGGUCAUAAAAGAUUCAGAACGCAGAUGAGUAACCUGCAACUCAAAGUCCUCAAAGCCUGUUUUAGUGAUUACCGCACUCCUACAAUGCAAGAGUGUGAGAUGCUGGGCAAUGAGAUUGGACUUCCCAAGCGUGUUGUCCAAGUGUGGUUCCAGAAUGCCAGAGCUAAAGAAAAGAAAUUCAAGAUCAACAUUGGAAAGCCAUUCAUAAUAAGUCAAAACUCCCCAGAUGGACCGAGGCCAGAGUGCACUUUGUGUGGUAUAAAGUACACUCCACGAAUGUCCAUCCGAGACCACAUCUUCUCCAGGCAGCACAUCACCAAAGUGCAAGAAACCCUGGGAAACCAGGUGGAUAGGGAAAAAGACUACCUAGCACCAACCACUGUCCGACAGCUGAUGGCCCAGCAAGAGCUGGAUCGCAUGAAGAAAGCCGGUGAAGGACUCACUCUGCCUGGCCAGCAGCAACAGACAGCAGUGGACAACAGCACCGCACUUCAUGGCCUUAGCCUGCCCUCGGGCUACCCGGGGAUCUCUGGCCUUCCGCCAGUGCUACUUCCUGGAGUCAACGGGCCAUCGUCACUUCCUGUUUUCCCACCCAACACACCUGCUUUAGCAUCUCCUGGUGCUGGCAUGCUUGGGUUCCCUACUCCAGCCACCCCAUCUCCUGCCAUGUCUCUCAGCACUACCCCAACCAAGACUAUUCUGCAGACUCCUCCUCCUCCACCUCCUCCUCCUCCUCCUCCUCCUGUUCCCUCCACACCUUUGGCAGCAGUAAAUAAUACAGAGCAGCAAGGGAAAGACUCAGAGAGAGACAACAGUAAAACAACAGGAGACAAGCCACCACAGAUGAAGACAAAGGGCAGCGAGAAAGAGAGCAGCUCACGGCCCGCGACUCCCAGCGUGGCCAAGAAGAGGGAGAAACCAGCUGCAGGAAAAGCAGGAAGUGAGCCUCCACUGGACACAGCGAAGCUGCAGGCCCUUCAGAGCGCUCUGGCCGCCGGUGAUCCCAGCUCUUUCUUGGGAGGCCAAUUCCUGCCUUACUUCUUUCCUGGAUUCCCAAACUGCUUCUCACCCCAGCUUCCGAGAGGGGUUCAACCGGGGGGGUAUUUUCCACCGCUUUGUGGGAUGGAGAACCUGUUCCCCUACGGCCCUGCGGCAGUCCCACAAGCUGCGAUGGCUGCUGGUCUCUCCCCGACCGCUCUUCUGCAGCAGUAUCAGCAGUACCAGCAGUCCCUCCAAGAUUCUCUGCAGAAGCAACAACAGCAGCAGCAGCAGAAACAACUGGAGCAACAGCAGAAGCAGCAACAGAAAUUGACCGCUGUGAAGACGUCCCAGAGCUCCAAGGGCACCACAAGCAACUCUUUCAAACCAAAAGAAGCUAAUGAUACUAAGGAUGAAACCAACACGGGCUCUUCAACAGAAAGCACAAAAGAAGAACCGAAAACAGAUACCAAAAGUACCAAGGACUUUCCAGAUGCUUUUAUUGUACCGUCCAUCAAGCAUGAGUUUAUAUGCAGAAAGUGCCAGAUGAUUUUUGCUGACGAAGAUUCUGUGCUGCGUCAUCAAAAAUCCCUCUGCUACUUUGGACACACUUUUAGUGAUCCGCAAGAGACGGUGCUUCGAAAGGCAGUGAGCAACUACUCGUGCGUCGCCUGCAAUGUGGUCGUCAAUGGGAACGAAGCACUUGGCCAACACCUUCAGUCGAGCUUGCACAAAGAGAAAACAAUCAAACAAGCAAUGAGAAAUGCCAAAGAGCAUACUAGAUUAUUACCUCAUUCUGUCUGCUCCCCUACUCCUAACACCACAUCUACCUCGCAGUCUGCAGCUUCUUCUAAUAACACCUUUCCUCAUCUGUCUCGCUUGUCCAUGAAGUCCUGGCCUAAUGUCUUGUACCAGGCCACCACCACAGCCCAGAAAGCUGCUUCCUCCUCCUCCCCGUCAGCCUCUCCUCCUCCCUCCCUAUCCUCGCCGUCAACGGUUACCUCAACUUCCUGCAGCACCUCAGGGGUUCCAACUUCACUACCCACCGAGAGUUGUUCAGAUGAGUCUGACAAUGAGCUAAGCCAGAAGCUGGACGACUUAGAUAACGCGUUGGAAGUCAAGGCAAAGCCGGCCUCUGGCCUAGACGCGAGCUUCAGUAGUAUCAGAAUGGAUAUGUUCAGUGUGUAGGAGUGACAAAAAGGAUCCCUUGCUUAAAGAAAAAAAAUAAGAAGACUUUUUAAAACUGCAGUUCCAAAGUUUCUCUUAACCCAAAAAAAAUUCAGUACCAAAUGAUUGACUCAGGAUUGUUUUUCCCAUAUUGAUAUGCUGGCAAGAUAUUGAUUGAUGUUUUUUUUUUUGUUUUUUUUUUUUGUUUUGUUAUGGACAGAACUGUUGCAGAUGCUUGACUGAGCUUAUAUUGUAUACAAAACCAUGGAGUAGGAAAAAAAAAUUUCCACAGGCUCCCUCAAUGGAGGGGGAGGGGGUCCUUGUUUCAAGCCAAAAACUCUCAUGAUAGCAAAUUGCACCUCAGCUGGAUUGUUUUCCAAAUGCUAGCAUGUACUGUAUGGGAUGACGAUCCAGAACCCUCAAAGAGAAUCUCUCUUAGUUUUUAGAUAGGUGUAAUUCAGUAGCUUUAAAUUCUCAGGUCAGAUAACAUAACAUUUCUCAUUUGUUAAAGCAGCAAGCCUGGGUACACUUGGCUUAUAACCAAAACAUGUCAAGCUUUAUCGGACGCAUUUCCUUGGUGUGUAUAGAGUACCAAGAGACAAUAUAACUGUUACAAUGGACGAUGUGCAUAUUCUUUUAGUUGUGCCCUACAAAGACGGUGGUGUGCUUUUGCCAUUGAGGGAAUUUAGGAUGGUGAAGUAAAUGUGUAUGAUGACCCCAGUUUUUAAUACAAGCUGUAACUAUUUCCUUGCCCCCCCCCCCCCACCCCCUUUUCUUUUGUUAUUGUACUCUAUACUAAUUAAUCUGUGCCAACCUUCUCACUUGUACCUCUGCUCACACCCUUUUCUGAAGAGGUAAUAACUCUAGUUUUGAUAGACUCUCUGAUCAUGUGAAUAGAACCGUUUUUUUGUUUUUUUUUCUGGUGAAUUGCUGUACUGUUACGGUACCUGCUUGUGUCUGGACUAUAGUGCACUUAUUUCGUUUUUAUUUGUCAUUUUAUCAUACAAGUAGGCCAUUUGUUAAUUUAAUAGAGAUGUUUUUGUUUGUUUGUUUUGUAUGUUUGUAUGUAUGUGUUUUAAUUAUUAUUUGUGUCGAUUGCAGCAGCAUAUUGGUCCAUAUGUCUAACAGGAUUGACGCCUAACAAUCUAUUUAACAAUUGGUGCAUCCACGAAAGCAGUACUGUAUACUUGAAACUGAAAAGGUACAAGUUGGUCACGAUGUUCUAAAAAAAAAAAAAAAAACCACACACAAAAAAAGGUAUGAUCAUUUGUUUGCAAAUAUGCUGCUUUAAAAAACACAGCAUUUGUGUUGUAUACUUCAACAAUUUCAUGUACUUGUAGGACUGAAAACAGUGUUACACCUACGUACUGCUAGUCAGUCCAUAGGUGGACAUCCUCCCAUCAAUUCUCUGGGCACUUGUGAUCAUCUGCAUUGAACGAAAGAAUUUCAACAUUGCAAAGUAUUAACUUACAAACGUUUUGCUGCUACUGUGUCAUUGUAUUUUGCCUGCCAUUAUUUCGCUCAAAACUUCUACCAGACAAAAUACUGAUCCAUAAAUUAAUUUGCUUCUGCUAAUUUUGUUACGUUACGUUGUUCAUUUUGCUGUGGAACUAAGAAUGUGAAUCUGUCAAAAGGUGUUGAGUUUCUUUUGUUUUGUUCUGUUGUUUUUAAGAAUCACUUUCUGGUUUGGUCUUUGAAACGAUGUGAUUCAUUCCAAAGUAACAGAAGGCUAUUUGUAUGAAAGAAAAAGGCUUGUGAACAAAAAGAGCAAAGCUGUUGUACAUAUUCAUAGUUGGCUGUGCAUGGUACAAAUUUAUUAAUAUGAAGAAAUGCAAAAAUGUAUUGCUUUUUGGUAUUUCCUAUUCUGAGAUGAGCAAGUAGCAUGUAAUGCAACUGUUUGACAGGUUAAAUCAAAUCAUGCUUAGUUAUUGUUUCAAACAAUUAAAUCAAGUAACAUUUCCUCUUAUGUUUUAUUCUAAAGGUGUUCUUUCCCAAAGUUUUAAAGCAAAUGUCCGUUUUUGAUUUUCUGUGUGAGCUUUUUGUCCAUUUGGAUUUUUAGUAUUUUAUCAGUUUCUUUAAUCCUGAAGACACUUUUCGAUUGUGUGGUUCCUAAGAGACAUUCUGGCCUCCCAAGGUGCAAUUUUGCCAUUGUACAAACACGAGCGACUGUCCUGAUUCCAAAGGCUUUCACAACUUGGCUUUUUGCCUUCCCCCACUCGGUGGCUCAGCAUUUUAAGACUGAACUUGUCGCUUGCUGGCAUCGCGUGCUAAGAUGCUAGCAUCUCAGACAGGACGCUUUCCACACCAAGGACUGGUAAAAGCUAACAAACCAACAAAACGGAUGGUCCAACAGCAACUGUACAUAGUUAUUGCAACUGCACAGCAGCCAAAAAUGAAAAAAAUGAACUUUAAAAAAAAAACAAAAAAAAGAAAAAAAAAAAAAGGGGACGGAUUGUGUCAUGUUUAUGAGGACAGCCUUCAAAAGGUUGAAAAUUGGAAUUGUUCUUCUGGAUGUCAAAGGGAUUUUCAUGGCGCAAUCAUAUCCUACUCAAUAUGUACUCUUCAACAUCUGGGUAACAUAGGAAAUGCACCCUGAGGUUUUAUUAAGAAGAAGCCCCUACGGCUAAAACUUUAAAUAAACUAAACCAAAAAUGUUAUUGAUGUUUUAUAUAUAGAGAGUAGUCGCAUUAGUUUUUGUUACUGUACUGUUUGAGGUCUCAACUGUACCGUAUCACGGUAAUAACAUGGUUGUGGAACCUUUUAUUUUAUUUUUUAAUUUGUCACAGACCUGUUGUCAUAGUUGAAAUGACGUUUAUUGUAGAUGGUAUUUGAACAACUUCUGGAAAUAGUUCAUCAAGUAUGUUUGUUGCUCAUUGUUGUGAUACAUUAAAAACUGUAUCUGCAAACCA